GCCAGCCAUGUCGCAUCGCAAGUUCGAGCGCCCCCGUCACGGUUCCCUUGGGUUCUGCCCUCGCAAGAGGUGCGCCCACCACAGGGGAAGGGUCAGGAAGUUCCCUCGCGAUGAUGCUUCCAAGCCCUGCCACCUUACCGCCUUCAUGGGCUACAAGGCCGGCAUGACCCACAUCGUUCGUGACGUCGACAAGCCUGGCUCAAAGCAGCACAAGAAGGAGUCUGUGGAGGCCGUCACCAUCCUCGAGGCCCCUCCCAUCGUCGUCGUCGGCAUCGUCGGCUACGUCAAGACCCCUCGUGGCCUCCGCUCCCUCACCACCGUGUGGGCCAAGCAUCUUUCCGACGAGUUCCGCAGGAGGAUGUACAAGAACUGGUACAAGUCCAAGUCCAAGAAGGCCUUCACCAAGUACACCAAGGAAGAGUCUGAGCGCUCCAAGAACUCCGACAAGGAGAUCGAGCGCAUCAAGAAGUACUGCCAGGUCGUCCGCGUCAUCGCCCACACCCAGCUCUCCAAGGUCAACAUCGGCCAGAAGAAGGCGCACGUCAUGGAGAUCCAGGUCAACGGAGGAACCACCAAGGACAAGGUCGACUUUGCUACCAAGCUCUUUGAGCAGCAGGUCCCUGUCAAGUCGGUGUUCUCUCAAAACGAGAUGAUCGACGUCAUCGGUGUCACCAAGGGUCACGGUUACAAGGGUGUUGUCUCCCGCUGGCAUGUUACCAAGCUCCCCCGCAAGACCCACAGAGGUCUCCGCAAGGUUGGUUGCGUCGGCUCUUGGCAUCCUUCCGCUGUCGGAUGGUCCGUUGCCCGUGCUGGUCAGAAGGGUUACUUCCACCGUACCGAGCUCAACAAGAAGAUCUACCGCAUCGGCGAGGCCGCGCGCAAGGCCGACGGAUCCAUCGAGCACAAGAACGCCACCACCGAGUUCGAUCUCACCGAGAAGUCCAUCACCCCCAUGGGAGGGUUCCCCCACUAUGGUGCGGUCAUGGAGGACUUUGUCAUGAUCAAGGGCUGCUGCAUGGGAACCAAGAAGCGUGUCAUCACCAUGCGCAAGAGUCUCCUUGCUCAGACCUCCCGUAACGCUCUCGAGGAGAUCUCGCUCAAGUUCAUCGACACCUCCUCCAAGUUCGGUCACGGUCGCUUCCAGACUGCCGACGAGAAGUCCAAGUUCAUGGGGCUGCUCAAGAAGGACCUUGUCAAGGAGGCCACCAAGUAGAGUGCUGGUUCUCUCUCUGUGUUGUCUCGUCAAUACAGCUUCUUGCAAUAUUC